AUGCACUAUGAGACCUUUGAGGUGGUUACAGAAGAAAACGGUGCAUCAUCACUCAAGUUUGAUCUCGCUUGUGCUACCGCAAUCGACCACUAUACUCGGUGCACUAAACUGGGAGAAAAGCAGCUGAACACGAGCAAUUCAGUCUGUUCUACAGGCCUUCGUGUGUACGAAGGUGCACAGGUGCUUGCUGCAUUUCUUUCAAAGUUUGGAGCCUCUUUGGUAUCAAGCUUAUCAGAGGAUUGCAGUUUUGAAAAACCGAAGUAUUGGGCUCUUGAGUUGGGAUGCGGAUGCGGUUUGGUUGGAUUUACAACUGCUACCCUUUUCCCACAACUAUCAGUUGCCUUCACGGACGCCUCUGUGGACUGCCUAAACUUGAUCAAUGCGAGUGCAAAGAAACUUGGUUUGUCGCUUCUGAAGAGUGAUGGUACUGAUCCAGCUGAGAUUCCCGAGGGCACCGAUGGCCGAUUGUUAUUGUCGUAUCCCUUGGAAUGGUGUGAACAAGGCACUACUCGGCUUGCCUCCUUGCUAAGGCGUCUUUCGGGUCAUCGAGGUCGCAUGAUGAAUGGUGCUGUGCGUAUGGUAUUGGGCUCUGAUUUGCUGUACUACCGCGUUGAUAUCAGGGCACUCCUGGGGACUUGCAAAUCACUUCUGAAUCCAUAUGACAGUGGGGAAGAUAAAGAGGACGAUCACGCUUUCUCGGUUCCGCGUUUUGUUGUCUUGGCACACUUCAUGCGUAUCCCGGAUGGGGACAGAAAGUUGCAAAUGGCUGCCUACGAACUGGGAUUUGGCAUUGUUCGAGUUCCUCUCGAGGCCUUUGUUACGGCCGAGGUCGUGCGAAGGCGCGGCUGGAAUGGGAUAUCUGUCGUGUUACUGUUCUUACGUUCAUCCCGAGAUUUCGAACCACAGAGUCUGGGGAAGGGGAGUGCCUGGGAUCGGCGUGAAGAAGAGGAUCUUUUGGAAGCGAGGAUGCUCUUCUGUGGAAGUUCUUUCUCAUUGCCACUUGAGGCUUUGACACGCUACUCAAGAGACGCGGCAAAAUGCAAUGCCGAUGGCACCCGUGACGCUGUUGAUCAGUGUGAUCUUGAUACUCUUCCGUACCGUGUGGAAUAA